AAACAGUCAGUAAAGUGUAAUUAGUUUUUGUACUAUUAAUCGAUGAGGUCAUUUUUAGUCGAACGUUGUCCGAAAAUAUAAUCACUUAGUGAUUUUUGUUUUUGAGGUUGGUGCUUAACCCGCACGCCAACAUAACCUAUACUAUGUGCUGAGCAAGUUUUUAUUAUUUUUGUAACAAAACAGCGAUUUUUUACUUUAUUAUAAUUAGAGAUGUCUACAAGAUGGUAUCCGAUUUAUCAAAGAGGGGGCCCCCAGCUACGCGUUUUCCUGCCCAAUUUUUGGCUCAAACUCGUGCGCCCGACGCACGAGCAGCCCCCAAACGUAGUCCAGUUCGCCUGUUCAAUGGAAAUGACAAAGUAUGACAUCCAGAAUUACCUUGAAAAAAUUUAUAACAUUAAAGUGAUCGACGUGCGGACGCGAAUAGCGCUGGGGGAAACGAGACGGGUGCCUGUUAAGGGUUACAUAGUAAAGGACGACGACACCAAAUACGCUUACGUUACUCUGCCCAGGGACGAAAAAUUCGUCUUCCCUAACUUGUUCCCGGAAAACAAAGAGGCGAAAAAGGACGAAGAAGCCACUCUGGAGCAGGCGAAACAGAGCCUUAGCGACUUCAUGGACAAGAACAAAGAGCGGCCGAACAUGCCCGGCUGGUUUAGCAUUUAAAUCCAUAGUCCUUUGUAUAUAACCAUAGCGAUAAGUUUGAUCAAUAAAGGUAGAAAUAAAUGUCAA